AACUGGAUUCAGGAACACACAGAUCCUGGAUCAGAAGCAACCAGACAAAUGAGGUCUUUGCUGGACGUCAGCCAUCACAGAAGAGAGACACGUGAUCUCUCAAGUUUAUACUGAGUAUGAUGUAUAUGGGAUGGAAUACUCUGUUGGUCAAUUUAGAGUCACCUGCCCUAUUUGCCCCUCCUUGCAGGUGCAGCUACUUUUCUGCAAGCUUGAGGAUGGCCUUGGUUAAGUAUAAGCAUUGGCCUUUUUGCAUACCAAUGUCCUGUGUUAUCACUUUAGAGAAGACUGUCUCAAAAUCACACAGUUAGUUUUCAGAGAAUGAAGUUACUUACAGGGAGUUAGUCACAAAACUGACUCUAAUUUAUCUCAUACUACAACAACCCCCUUAGGAAAUUGCUUUCAGCCAUUCAAACUGGGGAGUGGGGUGCAAGAGGCAGCACAAUCUGGGAAACUGAGUCCCAGGGAAGUCUUUGGUAUCUGUGUCCUCCCAAACCAGUCCACGCACAGCAUGGGCUCCUGUGCCCUGACAGGGGUAGGGUACCCUGAGGACUCCAUGGCCUCACUCCCUGGGCAAUUCCUGCACCUCUGAGGCCUCUGUGCUGGGGCUGUGGUACCUCAGAUUUGGGCAUUGAGAGGAACCAGGGCCAAUGCUGGCCCCUGAGGUUGCCUGCCCUGGGAACUACCUCUGUGAGGAGGUUGGCGGGGAGGGUCAGGCUUUACCCCUGCCUCGGAAACUCUCAUUUUGGUUUCAAAGGGCAGCACGGUUCCCAUUAGUGCUUUGGUGAAAUGAUGAAGCAAAUGCAGCGCAUACAAACCCCUGCACACAGCACUUGUCAGCUGAAUGCUUUCAAUGGACCCUGGAGGCAGUAAUUGGUAAAAUACAUAUUUUUAUUUUUUAAUUCACUGAUGGACUGUUUUCAAGUCAUGAGUGUAACAAUGCGUGCUUCUGUCAAGUGGUCACAGCAGCUGCAAGAAGGGAUCCUUUCACAUAAGGAUUCUGUUUGUGGAGGUGUACAGCUGCCUUCUCCCUGCCCCCAACCUCCCUAGGUCAGGAAAGGAAGGCUUUGCUCUUCCCUGUCACAGACUGGGCAGUGGGGACCAGGAGGAUGCCGUGUAUAUUCUUCUGUGCCUAUCUAAACCCUGGCCCUAUGCAGCCCCUCCAGGACUCGGUAACAGCAGUGCAAUGGACUAACUAUGUAACUAAUGUAAGAGCAGCUACAUUUACAGUAGCAUUUUUUUUUGCCCAAUAUUACCAGUGUGGUGUUUUCUUUGGUUUUAAUAAUGUUGCAAUAAAUUCCUUGGCUGGCCCAUACCUAACUGGAGACGUACUUGAUAAAAAAACUGCUGUGUAAAUACAUAGGAUGACAUAGCACAGAUCAGCACAGGUAUUUAAAGGGAGUGCUACCGCCACCGAAGGGCACGAACGCAGUGCCAAGCCCUGCAGCAACCCUGGCUUUUCUCCUGUUGCUGCAGGAGAGACCCGGGUCAGUGUGAGCCUCACGUCCCGAAGGUGCUGCACGUCCUGGGGUGCUGUUUUCCAGCCCCAGACAGGUGUGAGCGCCACGGCAGCCUCUCUCAGGUAAUAAGCAAGGUGUGCCUUUUGCGGAAGCUUUGCUGUCAAGCCUGCUCAAAGGCAAGAAUGCUUUGAGAUCUUCAUUCAGCCCCUGUUAUGAAAGGUUUUUCAGUUUUAGCAUUACAUUUCUUUUAGAAAGACUGAAAACGUUAUUUCACUUCGUUCAGGUUCUUCGUCGAAUCUUUCUUUUAGGGCAGGGACAUUUUUAGGAAAGCUUUGCCUUACUUAGUGUUUCUCCGUAGCAGUGCACGAUUUGAUGCUGUCAGGAUAAAACAAGAGGAAUAUCACCUGUGCCUUCCCCGUCGCCUUUCCCAGGGUUUUCUCCCCUCCAGCUUCCCCAAAGCAUCGUCGCCGCGGGCUUCGAGCUCGCCGGUGCUGCCGAAGGGCUGAGCCGCCAGCUGUCAUAGGACGACUCUGCCCUUCCCCUCAUUUUCACUGAGGAGAAGCCAAUGGGAGGCGGCUUUCCUGGGUGGCUGAUGUUGUAUUUCCCCCCCCCGUAAUUCCUCCGUAAUUUCGCGUCGCAGGCUCCACCCGGCGGCGCCCGGCGGGUCGGGUCGGGGGCUGCAGGAGCUCCGUGUGGCCGGAAUGGACGGGGAUGGGGCUUUCGUCUCCUUGUCGUUUCCCAUCAGGAUCCUGCAGAACGAGGGCCUGACCGUGCCGGUGCCUUCGGAGGAGUUUCUGCCCCGGGGAGGGCGGUGGGCGUCCCGCUCCGGCCGCCCCCGUACUGAGUCCUAGUUGUGAAGCUGUCUGUGCAGAUCUUGGGACAAGUAGGACAACUUGCUAAAAGCAGACACGUUAUUGUGGUUAGAAAUGAACUUACCUUGGGAGGAAACACUUCAUCAGGUUGGCAAAGAGACUGCUUAGCCCUCUCAUGCAAGAUUUCUUCAGAAGUAAAGAAGCACAACAGGGAGACAUUCUGAUCUUUGAAAAUAGCUGGAACCACUGGGAAGAAGCAGCAACACUGUGCAUCAAGCAAGGAAGCCAGUUCCCAGUUAUCAAAACAUGCUGUUGAACUGAAUUUUGCAGCUGUGUUUUCAAAUGUACCAUGGGAUGCAUCAAAUCCAGGCAUGCCUUUACAGGUUCAAAUGCUAUCCAGGAUGAAAAGAUCAGGGAAGGUAAUGAAGGAUGCAAUGGGGAGAAGUCAUCACUGAUAGCAGUGAAGAUGGAUGAGAAAGGUCCAUCAAGCACUAUUGUGCUAGAUUAUGCACAUCGUCUGUCCCAUGAAAUUCUUGAUCAGGCGGUGAAACAGUGGGCAGUAACUGAAAGUAAAUAUAGUGACAUCCCUUAUAUUGAAAGUGAUGUGCCCUGAGCCCUGACUGGUAAGGACUGUCUUCACAGUGAGCGUCCUGUCUGUUGAGCCAUUCGUAUUUGGUACUAGUGCAAAUAAAGUAAAAUCAGCUGUGAUCUGAACAUAAUGGCAGUAUAUGAAUGUAUUUACAAGGAAAGGCUGAAAAAAUUGCCUUUUAAUCAGUAUUGCUAAGAAACUCAUUGGAUUACAAUAUAAUCUAUUAAUUAGAAGUAAUUUGUUACCAGCCAUAUGUUGAGUAUAUUCUGUCUUUGUAUGUGUUGAAUGUGAUCUGAAAUUAGUGUUAAGGAAGAGCAUGGCCGCCCUUCAGCUGUCCAAGCACUGCCACUGAGGCCCCAAAGAUGGUCAAGAACAAAGCAUGGAUUAUUUACAUAUACUGCAUAAAAAACCAAUGGCCUGAUUGUAGGUGACAAGAGAACUCUACGCUUGGUAAAUUUGUCCACGUUUUGCUAAAUUGAAACCAAGGUCUACAUGUAGCAACGAUAACUGCUGUCAUAAAUUCUACCUUGAUUCUUUGACCUGUCUAAAUCUGUAAACCACAAAAUAAUGAAGGGGAUAAGAAGCGUUUUAUAAAACCAAGCAGCAUUCAGGGAACCAGGUGGAUGACGAUAUUAUUCAACUUUCAUUCUGAAGAGAACCAGUGCAAAACAUUACAAUAUUGAAAAACAGUGUGUUAGAAUUAACAGAUGCUCUGGCUUCUGUAAGUAAAUAAAGGUUAUUCUCUAAAAUCCUGCAGUAGGGUAGUUUAAUUACAUCUGAUCACUGUGUUCAGACCAGAGCUUUGUUUUUUUCAGUUUCUUGUUUUCCUUUGGUGUUAAGGUACUGGGUUUGGGGGUUUUGUUUUGUGGUUUGUGUUUUUACUGUAACCCAGAGAGGUGUGCAAAAACUACUGAUGUGAACUAUUGAAAUGAACCUUCAAAGGUGUAAUAAUGUUUUAGGACUAUGUAUUUCAUAGAACUGUGGCUGCAUUACACUAAAAUUACACUCUAAAGUAACGCAGAUGUGAUGGUAUGCCUUCUGUAGGCUCACUGCUUACCCAUUAGUAAACCUGGGUAUGGCUCAUGCAAAUAUGAGCUACAGAAACCUAAAGCCUGAGCAGUGCACUGAAUUAGUGAAUAAGCCUUACGCCCAAAGCUAAAGGGCUACAUUCUUUACUGAUUUUAUCUGGCUUGCAUACACACAUGGCACGCUGCUUCUCUGGGACUUGCAGUCUGACCUACUGUACUCCUAACUAGCAUUUGAAAUACCAAAAACAAAGAUGAAUUAAUCAUAGUAAUCAUGAACCUUGCUGACAUUUUAUACAAAGUGAAAGCCUUGUAGAAGCUUGGUUUUUUAACACUUGUUUGUUCUUUUUUUCUGUUAUGGCCAGUUGAAAAGAAAUAGUCUGGUUUUUUUUCCUAAAUCAAAGUGCUUUCCACUUUAUGUUUUUGUUUUCUACAAAAAUGCUUUCCAUACUGGCAAAAACUGUUGCUAUUUCUAAAAGGUACACAUAGUUCUAGUAACUGAUACAAAGCAUAAUUUUCAAGCCCUGGUAAACAGAAAGAGGACCGUGCAAAUUAUUAUUUUUAGCUUAUUCUCAGACAUAAGACAGUCUAUUAAUUGAGCCGAUUUGCAAACUUUGUGACACAAAUGUAGUUAUUUGAAAUUCACCUGUAUGGGGAAGUGGUUGUAUCAAGAGUAAAUAAUACUUUUUUGUAACACAGCAUAAGACUGCCAUUAAUUCACACUGACCAGACCCUGCUGAGACUGUUCUCAGGCUUUUGCUGGAAAAGGGAUAAAGAAUCUGAUCUGUUUAUUAUGUUUUAAUGCCGCUUUCUCUGAAGUAAUGUAGUUGUCUUUCAAGCCAUAUGUAAAAUGGGAGUAAGGUAUUAUCACCCAUUUAAUUCCUACUGCUAACAGUGACAUUCCUUGAAGCUCUAAAGCAUGUUAAACAUUAAAUCAUAUUGUACAUUUGCUCUACCUAUAAAAACUCCAUACCACAUACUAAGGUGAAUUAGAAAGCAAAAUCAAAACACUGAUCAUAUCAGUACAUACUAAUUGGCUAUUGCUUAACUAUAGCAUUAAAAAAUACUCCUAUUCUAAAAUAAUGCUUUAUUGCAAAAAAAGGCCAGCCUUUUUGGAACAUGAGAGUUGGCUCAAGAAUGUAAACGUUGCCAAAAACAGUAAUUAAAAAAAAAGCCCAUACUCCACAGAUACUAUUUUCCAGAUAGGUGAAGAGCAGACAGAAAACUGCAUUCACUCUAUGAGUGCAUUUAGGUCUGUUUGCCUUGAUCCUUGGUGGCUGCCAUGGGGAGUCAGGUGCUGCAGUGCUCGCUGUUGCAAUGUCUCAAAGCCUUUCUUUGGAUGAAGUUUCAGCAUCUGGUGCUUUUCUGGAAUCAGAAUAUGAGAUGCACUUUUGAAAGUAGCUCCUCCAUUGGCAGGUUGCCAGUGCACAGUUCAACGCAGGCAGAAUUAUAAAAUAGUGUAAAAUAGCCUAAAGUUAACUCACAGCAUCUGUACUGAUAAAAACUCAAAAUUUCCCCAGAGGAGAAAGUUACUUAGGUAUAAUUAAACAUGCAUCACAUCACAUCACAGUGAGCUUCCAUUCAGAGUACUUGCUGUGUGGACAGCUACACUGCUGGAUGAGCAGCAGCUGAGUUGCCUGGUGCUUGUUACGUCCAAACAGCCACUUGCUUGCAACUACAAAGCUUGUCUUCCCUCAUUAAUGCCUGAAGAUUACAGCAGCUUCAAUAUGGCCUGAAGUGCAAUUCCAGCUGGUUUUGAUACUUUCUACGACACUGGAACUUAAGGGAAAACAUGCAGCAAAUGGAAAACAUGCAAGCUUGCAAACAAGCUUACAAAAAACAAGGACAUAGCUUCUCACCAGGAAAAUAAUCUUUUUCACAAGACAUUGUCCUUAAUAAAUAAUGCACUUAUCCUUAAUUAAAAAUAAAUCUUUUCCAUGCUACAGUCUAGUGAGAGACUGAAGGAGAGUUCUGCUGUAUUUUUAAUAGGCACAAUGGUAAUACAUAAUAAUAAUAAAAAUAAAGGGUUCUUCACCUAAAUAAAAUUACAUCCUUUUACUUAUCAUUAGAUUAUCUAAACUGUGCUAUGUCUUAUAAAGCCACUUACAGUUGCCACUGAUUCUUCAAUUUGAUUUUGUGUAACAAAGGCCCUUCCGUAUGGAGCUGGCAUAAUCUGCAAAACCAUUUACUUCUAUUUAGGAGUUAAAAAUACAUUAGCUUUACCUUUUCUCCAGGAAACAAAAAUAUAGUUUGAGUGAGUACUAUGUGACUGACUUGGUAUUCUAAUAAUGGUUUACAACACACUAACUGCAGCACAACUUUGUAAAAUCAGUGUUUCUGUAGUAAGAUACAUUAGUAUUCCCAAAUAAAACACACCACAAUCUAUUUUUACAAUAUUUUUGUGGAAAAUACUUUCUUGUGGACUAAAUAAAAUUAAACUUACCAUUUGCUUGUAAGACUCUUAUUUGAUAAAAAUGCACAGCGUGUUGUUAGCAUGAAUUCCCAUUCACAUAAAUUUUGGAAGCAACUGAACAUGCAAGUCAAAGAUUAUUGAUUUAGAAUUAUAGUCUCGCUAAAACGUUUUAAGUCCUUUUCCAUCAGAGAGGGCAUGAUCCCUACUCCCUGGGGAUCACUGUGUUUUUCAUUAAAUAUAGCCAGUGAAAAUUGCUCCUUUUGUACAAAAAUAAUGAAUCAAUACUAAAUUAAAAAUAGCCAUUGUUUAAGAAUCUAAACCAUUUAAAAAUAAGGGGAGGAGAUUUACAUUUCUUGCAGAACCAGCAUGAGGUAGAUAUUCAAGUAAUAUUCUCAGAAGUUACUGUAAAGAUAUGAAUGAAAUCUCUCAACUACUUUGAAAAUGAGCUAAGGGCUUGUCUCAUUACAAGUACAUAGUAACAUAAACUGGCAACUGAAAUUGUAAAAAAAUUAUCUUAAAGAUUCUAGUGACAAAGCAAGGUGCCAUUUUUUCUUGAUUUUGCUCAUCUCAUUCUUUGAAACUCACUCUAGUAGUUCACCUUGAUGCCUGAAUGUCCUCGUCUUUGUUUCCAGGCAACAGCUUCUAGGAAGGAAGGAGCCAUAAGCCAGUGUGGGCCAUUACUAUUGAUAAUAAAAACUGCCCAGUGUUGAAAACUUUGUAAUGGUUCCACUGUAGCUCUGAAUUUUUGAUUCCCAAGUGCUGAUGAUUGACUAUGUUAUUGGAAUAAAAGUUUUCUUCCGUUAGUCUCAGUGGGUCAUCUUCAGAGAAGCCAAAAUUUGUAUUUGUGACCUGUCUAUAACCGUAGAAACAAGUAGGAAGAGAUACUGAUAUAUGCUUUGGUUAACCAUAAAAAAACACGCAGUCUUAAUGUUGAAGAAAGAUUAGUAACUAUGUGUUGCAUACACAACAGAGAAAUUAACUUUUCCCCAAAAAAAAUUAUACUUUUAUAAAGGGGCUCUGGUUAUGUCAGAUAACCUCAAGUAUUAUUAAUAUCAGGACCCAGUAAUCUUUAAUUUACAUAAAACAAUGGGGGAUUUUAUUUGUAUUUAAAUUUUUAUCCAAACAAAUACAUCUGUUAGGAUAUGUUGUGUUAAAAAACUGUACAAUACAUAUAGCAGCAAGUAUUUAAUGUUUUCCCUUAUUUGUUACCUUCAGUACAUACGCUGUACCCCCCCUAAUUUUCACAGAUUUUCCACCCAGGAGACAGGAUGUUCAUGAGCACAAGCAGACGGGAAUCCAGACUGGUUGGUAUCCCUAAACUCCAGCCACUUGUAGUAUUAGGCCCAGGCUGACCUCUACCACUAAAAUCAAUAGACAAUCACUAACACCAACAAAAAAUGUGCUGCUUAGUGUUUGGAUGAAGGUCUGAGACAGUUAUUUCUUCACCACUGUAAGACCAGGAAAACCUAGUAAUUUUUGAAAUCACAAAAAACUAAUUAUGCACUUCAAUCAAAC